AUGAAGUCAGUUUCUUUAAAGCAAGAGAAAGAGUCAACUUUCUUUAAGAGCUACAUUGCUGGAGGGGUCUCAGCAGUAUUCUAUAAAACAUCUACCGCUCCGAUAGAGAGGGUAACCCUUUUGUUACAGAACCAAGAUUCUUCAUUACAGAUUACAAAGAAGAAUAGAUACCUCAACUCAAGAGACUGUGUUAAGAGAGUUGUGAGAGAGCAAGGUUUCUUUUCACUCUGGAGAGGAUAUUCGGUGACCAUUGUUAGAUAUUUUAACUCGCAGUCUUUUAUUUUCGCCAUGAAUAAUCAGUACAAAAAGCUGAACAUCUAUGACAAGAGGAAGGAUCCAGUAAAAUUUGCUGCUGCUAAUAUCCUUUCAGGGUCUGCAGCAGGACUUACUAGCUCCUUGCUCUUUUACCCACUUGAUUUCUCUAGGACUAGACUAGCAGUUGACAUUGGUAGAAACAAAUAAAGAAAGACAAUUUCAAAAUAUCUAUGAUGUCGCGUCUAAAAUCAUGAGGAGUGAUGGGCUUACUGGCUUUUAUAGAGGCCUCAGCAUCACACUUCUCCUCACAGUACUGUAUAGGGGUAGUUAUUUCGGUCUCUAUGAUACUGGAAAAGCUUAUUUAUUCAAAGAUCAUAAUAAGCAGAACUUUUUGGGUCUCUGGUUUUUAGGAACUCUUACAACUUGUUUCUCGAAUUUUGUAUUUUAUCCCCUAGAUACUGUAAAGAAGAGACUACAGAUGCAAUCUGGGAGACUCAACAAGCAGUAUUUAUCCACAACUGAUUGUAUCAAGACAAUCUAUCAGAUAGAAGGCAUCAGAGGAUUUUUUAAGGGUGUUGUUCCAAAUGUCACAAAAGGAUUUGGAGGAGCUUUAGUAUUAGUAUUAAAUGAUAAAAUUAAAAAGCUUCUACAGUAA